AACCACCACCACCACCACCACGACGACGCGCCAGGCAUUCUCCGCCGUCGAGAGGAUGGCAAUCAACUACCUAAUACUGCUCUCGAGACAGGGCAAAGUGGUGAGUCCCCGUUCCCGUCGUCCACAGUCCACAGUCCCUUUCUCGUCGCCCACCACAGUCCUCACACCCACACACACCCACACACACAUAUAUCAUCAUUCCAUUAUUACCACUUCAAAACAAAAGCUGACCACUGCAAUUAUUUCCUCCUUUUCUCCAUUUUACAUAAGAGACUGGCGAAAUGGUUCACUACCCUGUCUCCUAAGGACAAGGCCAAAAUCAUCAAAGAUGUCACACAGCUAGUUCUCUCACGCCGCACCCGCAUGUGCAACUUCCUCGAAUAUAAAGACACCAAAGUCGUCUACCGCCGCUAUGCAUCCCUCUUCUUCAUCGCCGGCUGCUCGUCCGACGACAAUGAGCUAAUCACUCUCGAAAUCGUCCAUCGCUACGUCGAACAGAUGGACAAGUAUUAUGGCAACGUCUGCGAGCUGGAUAUCAUUUUCAAUUUCCAAAAGGCUUAUUUCAUCCUGGACGAGUUGCUGUUGGCUGGGGAGAUGCAGGAGAGUAGCAAGAAGAAUGUGCUGAGGUGUAUUUCGCAACAGGAUAGCUUGGAAGAUAUGGAGGUCGAGCAGGAUAUUGUUACGAAAAUUAUGUAG